AUGUGGACAAUGGGGACAGACUUCCGCUAUCAAUAUGCUAAUUCAUGGUUUAGGCAGAUGGAUAAGUUUAUUCACUAUGUCAAUCAGGAUGGUCGAGUCAAUGCACUGUAUUCAACACCAUCUAUCUACACUGAUGCAAAAUAUGCAGCUAAUGAGCAAUGGCCACUUAAAAUUGAUGAUUUCUUCCCGUAUGCUGAUCAUCCUAAUGCAUAUUGGACUGGUUAUUUUACAAGUAGGCCAGCUUUAAAGGGUUAUGUGAGAGCAAUGAGUGGUUACUAUCAGGCAGCAAAGCAGUUGGAAUUUUUUAAAGGGAGAAAUGAAUCAGGACCAAAUACUGAUGCAUUAGCUGAUGCCUUAGCACUUGCUCAGCACCAUGAUGCUGUUAGUGGCACAGAAAGACAGCAUGUUGCUGCUGAUUAUGCAAAGCGGAUCUCAAUAGGCUAUGCCGAGGCCGAAGACUUGGUUGCAUCUGCUCUUGCUUUAUUGGUAAACCAAAGGUUAAGUUCACAUGUGAUGAACCCCGUAACAGGCUUCCAGCAGUGCCCUCUUCUUAACAUAAGCUACUGUCCUCCGUCAGAAACUGCUUUGGCUAAUGGGAAAAGCAUGGUGAUUGUUGUUUAUAACCCUCUUGCUUGGAAGAGAGAGGAAGUAAUUCGAAUUCCUGUUUCCACUGCAGAAGUUUUUGUCCAGGACUCUGCUGGGAAGGAAGUUGAGUCUCAGCUUUUGCCUCUAUCUAAUAUUACUUCGAGCAUAAGGAAAAAAUACGUCAAAGCAUAUACAGGAACAGCUCCUGCUGGGGAACUCAAGUACUGGCUUGCAUUUCCGGUAUCUGUACCCCCCAUUGGUUUCAGCACCUAUGUAGUUUCAAGGCCUAAACAGACAGGUCAUGUUUCAACUAUCUCAAAGGAGUUCAGAUCAGAUGGAAGUACUAAUAAUAGCAUUGAAGUUGGAAAAGGGAAUCUAAAGCUUCUUUAUUCUGCUAAUCAAGGAAAAUUGACUCAUUAUGUUAACAGUAGAAAUCAAGUUACAGCAUCAGUUGAACAAUCAUACAGUUUUUAUUCUGGACAUGCUGGGGAUGAUAAAGAUUCUCAGGCUUCUGGGGCAUAUGUAUUCCGUCCAAAUGGCUCGUUUCCCAUUAAAUCUGAUCAGCAGGCGUCUUUUACUGUCCUGCGUGGUCCGAUAUUGGAUGAAGUACAUCAACAGCUCAAUCCAUGGGUAUCUCAGAUUAUGAGGAUAUAUAAGACAAAGGAGCAUGCUGAAGUUGAGUUCACUAUUGGGCCUAUUCCUGUGGAUGAUGGCAUUGGGAAAGAAGUUAUUACUCAAUUUUCAACUACAAUGAAGAGCAACAAGACAUUCUAUACAGAUUCUAAUGGGCGUGACUUCAUCAAAAGGAUUCGAGAUUUCAGGACUGACUGGGAUCUAGAAGUGAACCAACGUGUAGCUGGAAAUUAUUACCCGGUUAAUUUAGGAAUAUAUAUGCAAGAUAACGGUACAGAAUUUUCAGUUUUGGUGGACCGUUCAGUUGGUGGUUCCAGUUUGGUAGAUGGUCAAGUAGAGCUGAUGCUUCACAGGAGGUUGCUUCAUGAUGAUGCAAGAGGUGUUGGAGAGAUACUUAAUGAAACUGUUUGCAUUGCUGAUAAAUGUGAAGGCUUAACUAUUCAAGGAAAACUGUACCUUAGAAUUGACCGUAAAGAUGAAGGUGCUAAAUGGCGUCGUACAGUUGGCCAGGAAUUAUAUUCACCAUUGUUGUUGGCCUUCACAGAGCAGGAUGAGGAUAAUUGGUUGCAUUUUCAACAACCAACAUUUUCUGGCAUAGACUCUUCCUACAGUUUACCAAACAACACCGCACUUCUAACUCUCCAGGAUUUUGGAAACGGAAAAGUACUCCUAAGACUAGCUCAUCUUUACGAGGUUGGCGAGGACAGAGAUUAUUCGGUAACUGCAAAUGUAGAAUUGAAAAGGCUUUUCCCUAACAAAAAGAUUAGUAAAGUGACAGAGAUGAGUUUAUCUGCUAAUCAAGAAAGAGGUGAAAUGGAAAAGAGGAAACUAGUUUGGAAGGUAGAAGGGGGUUUCACUGAAGAAUCUAAGGUGGUGAGAGGAGGACCUGUUGAUCCUACAAAGCUUGUUGUUGAGCUUGCUCCAAUGGAGAUUCGGACAUUCUUUGUUGACUUUGAUCCUCUCCAAACAGUUCCUGCAGCAGAAAAUCAUGUAGCAAUGUAA